ACAAAGGGGAAGCUACAUGGUCUCUUUCGCCUGGUCGGAUGAAAUCUCACCUUCGCUGACUUUUAAAAGGGAGAUAUUUGCUUAGAAAAUUAUUACAAUAAUUACAACCAUUAUUGGAUUUUAGUUUGCUUUAGGGAGACUACCUGCGAACAAUCUUAUUGAGUAUUAAUUAAUUUAUAAGAAGACAACAUGAGUUUUAUUCCUCUCGUCCUACUUCUGUUUGGUUUGAGCUCAACGCUGGCACAGACUACAGCACCACCUCCAAGCUGUGAGAGCAAGAAUGGAACAAGCUGUGAAGAAUGCUUGUCAAGUGUGAAUUGUCUGUGGUGUAUCCAAACUAAAAAGUGUAUAACAUACCCUGCCAAAACUAUCCUGCCCCCUCAGUCCCUCUGCCCACUGAGUGAAGCUCGCUGGGGCCUUUGCUCAAUGAACUUCCAGAUUUUGAUCAUUACAUUGUCAGUGGCUGGUGCACUCCUCAUCAUUGGCAUUUUGGUGUGUAUCUUCUGUUGCUGCAAGUGUGAGAACAUUGGAUCUGCUCGAUUUGAGAACAGGAUGAACCGGCAGACAGACAAGAUGAAAACAAAACAAGAGGAAAGAAAAGCAGAGUUGAAGAUCAGACAUGAUGAGAUUCGGCAAAAAUAUGGUCUCAGCAGGGCAAGCCCUUAUGCCAGAUUUGAGAAUCCCAACUAAAAUUAUGGGUGCAUUGUUUUAUAGAUUUAUCCUUUGACAAUAUAAUUUCCAUGCCAAUGGGAAUUAAAACGGAUAAACAAAAACCAACACACAAAAUUUUGAUUUUUACAGUUGCAACUUCUCUUAUUUAGUGUUUUAUAUAUAUAUAUAUAUAUAUAUAUAUAUAUAUAUAUAUAUAUAUAUAUAUAUAUAUAUAUAUAUACAGUAUAUACAUACAUAUACAUAUCUAUAUACACUACCUGUCAAAAGUUUUGAAACACUUGACUGAAAUGUUUCUCAUGAUCUUAAAAAUCUUUUGAUCUGAAGGCGUAUGCUUAAAUAUUUGAAAUUAGUUUUGUAGACAAAUUUGUAGAGCAUUGCAUAAUUGUGCUACCAUAUAAAUUUAUUUCAUUAUAAAACUAAAAUGUAAUUUAAAAAAAAUAAGUUUUUAAAAUUGAUGACUUGGACCAAAUAAUAAAGAAAAGCAGCCAAUAAUGAAGAAAAGCAGCCAAUAAGUGCCCAGCAUAUAGAUGGAAACUCCUUCAAUACUGUUUAAAAAGCAUCCCAGGGUGAUACCUCAAGAAGUUGGUUGAGAAAAUGUCAAGAGUACAUUUCUGCAAAUUCUAGGCAAAGGGUGACUACUUUGAAGAUGCUAAAAUAUAACACAGUUUUGAUUUAUCUUGGAUUUUGUUUAGUCACAACAUAAUUCCCAUAGUUCCAUUUAUGAUAUUCCAUAGUUUUGAUGACUUUACUAUUAUUCUAAAAUGUGAAGAAAAAAUUAUAAUAAAGAAUGAGUUAGUGUUUCAAAACUUUUGACCGGUAGUGUAUAUAAUUGUAUUUACUUUCCAGUAUAUUUUUUCAGGUACCUUGAAAAUUAUUUUUACUUUUUCACUUACUAAUAAAAACUACCUGUAUGUAUUUAUUUAUGUUAAUUAAACUUAUGUGUUUUAAAGUUUUAAUAAGCACAAUUGUUCUUGUCAGAUACUGAUAAAGAUUGUAUGCUGACACAGGACAUGGCAGGCCCCAUACUGAAUGGGUUCAGGAUUUGGGGACUGAUAUGGCAAUGCAUUUACACAUCAUUCUCAUGUUGAUUAGACUGUUCAGUGGCGUUCAUGACCUGUGGAUGAUCGCAAUGUCAUCCUAAAAAGAAUAGAAUAAAAGAAUGACCCAUCAUUUUAUAAAAGCAAUUGCUAACUAAGUCUGUGUUGUCAGUGAUGUUUUCUUUUACCCUAUGAGGGAUUCACUGAAACGUAAACUAUGCUUGGAAAACGUACCUCACUCUGUCAGUCAUCUGAAGCAUUUAUAUUAAACAAAGCCUCUUCCGUUGGUUUUGAACAGAGCGGAGGAUGACUCAUUAGUCCAUGACUGUUUUCCACAGCCUACACCACUUUUGUGAAACUGCCUUUUCAUGCCAUGUGUUGAUAUUUGUAAUAAAAUAAUUCAAAGUUG